AUAGUGAUGGCACUCUCCAAAGCAGAAUAGCUCCACUGUGCGUAGCCAUUGCGGCUCUCUUUCGAAGAAUUCAGCGUUUGCAGGGUCUUUACGGAGCGAAUUGAACCCGAAGGUGGUGUCGUCUUCAAAGCUGUUCAGGAUCUUCGUCUUUAUUGGUGACUGCGGCAUGGUACUCCCCGUCCCCUUCCUGUUGCUACUGACUGUGAUGCUGUUAGCAGGGGAAAGCUACACAGAGCUCUAGGCGGGAUGUCGGAAAAUUUCAUGGGAAACGCAGUGCAGUACUAUGAGUGUAAACAGAGGGUCCAAAGAGAGGGACGGAAAGAGGGCUGAACAUGGCAACCGAUGCGCACAGACUCACCAGACAACGCAUAGUUAAGCUGACAUCAACAGGCAGGGCGAAGAAGUUGGUUCAGUCGAGACCAAGAACUCCUCAGAAUGAAACACCACAGCUAUCAAAGGAUUCCCCGGAGUACCUCAAUAGACUGGUGCAACGUGAUCUGUUGAAAGGUGCAAGCCAGGCGCAUUGUUUAGAGGUGCUCCCUGAAUUGACAGGGAGCAAGCGAGUUGACCUGGAGCUGUAUGCCCUUAUUGGGCUGCUGUUCAGGAAUUUUGUCAACAGAUGGUAUACCUCGCUGACAGAUGAUGAUACUGAUUUUGUGAAGGAGUUGAUCAAGGUGAUCUCUCAAGUGACGAGAGAUCUGGAACAGAGGGUGCUACAGGUCGAUCUGCUGCAAUUGGUAUUUGAUGAUAUCCCGGUGGUCUUGGAUGAACAUUUGCUGGCGUACAGGAAGAUCAACAGGGAGUUGGGCUCGUCGUAUUUACAAUUCGACACCAUCGAUUCGGCAUUUGACUAUCUAUGUCCUCAUAAAGCGUUGGGAAGUGACAUUGACGAUACUGCAGCAAGAGCGUUGUACCUCAAGUUGCUAACUAAAAACAUACUACAGAUCCUACUUCCAAAGGAACAGAGGAACUCGCAAUUGGUGACGAAGUUCAUGAACUCUUUACUCGGUGAUAUGCUGUUGAACAUCAUUGUCGAUAAGCUGAGCCAACCGUACCAGAUAUUUGAGAUAAUAACAUUGGUAUGUGAGUUAUUACUCUCAGAAGAGCCACAAGCUGCAGCCGACACUGCUGAAACAACGUCAAAGGAUAGUAACUACGAUAUAUUACAGUCUAUGAUGUCUUCCUUUAGCCAUUUCAUUGCAUAUUCCACGUCGUUAAACACGGGGAAUAAGAACGAUUAUAGGCCAAUGGUAACAUUGCAGAUGGCUCACUUUCUCAAUGAUCUUUUCUUAGUGAGUAGCUCAAGACCUGUGCUAUAUGCUACACUCAAGUCCCUCUCACCAAUUCUCAAGAUGGAGAAAGCCAACCACGUUCUUUGCAACAUCUUACAAAAUUUGGUGAUAAAGCCAAUGAGAUCAGAUCACCUGGUUGCCACGAUAAUCAAAACAUCUCGAAAUGUCCUGUUCCCACAGGAUGAUGAGAUGGGACCUCCACGAGUUGAACCAACACCCCAGGAAUUUGAAACCAUCAGGCAGACGACAAAGGAUAAGCUGAAGUUGGUUUGUCGUAAGUAUCAACUCAUCUCUUAUGCCUUGUUAACUACAAACGAAGUUGAACUAGAUGAUGUGUUGGACGAUUUCUUAACCAGCUUAGAACACUUGAGGAUUAAUGAAAACUUGGUUCUAAGGCUACUGGAUCUGGUUGUGACAAGACUAUUCCCAGAAUUGUGUCAAUAGUCCUUGGAUCCUUUCAGAGAAGUUUCCCUCUGAAUCUAUGAAUCCAUCCCAAAGUUCAUGUGCA